AUGGGGGAAGGCAACUUAUCAGGUUUACUGGAUAUAACACAGAGGGCAGUGUGUGAAGGAUGUCACCGUUUCAUCCACGACAGGUACCUGCUCCGCGUGCAGGACGGCCUGUGGCACGAACGAUGCAUGCAAUGCGCAACGUGCAAAGAGCCACUGAAAAACACGUGUUUUCUUCGGGACAAGAAACUUUACUGCAAGCGGGACUACAAAAGGCUGUUUGCGGUGCGGUGCAGGGGAUGCGGGGAGGUCGUAUCUGCGGCAGAGCUGGUUAUGCGUCUGGCGGCUGCCGUCUUCCAUGUGCGCUGUUUCUGCUGCUCUGUGUGCGCCUGCAGGCUGCAGAAAGGAGACCGCUGUGUACUGAGGGCAGGACGACUGCUCUGUGCCAGAGACUACCAACAGCAGCCGGACAGUCCUGCUACCUCUGACUCAGGUAAGAGUGAUAAUGAGGAAAGAGAGGAGGAAGAGGGCGGCUUCAAGGCGGCGAGAGACUGCAACCGAAGCCCGGACACGGAUCAUAAACGACCCAAACGCCCUCGAACCAUCCUGACCACCCAGCAGAGACGCGCUUUCAAGGCCUCUUUCGAGGUCUCCUCUAAACCCUGUCGUAAGGUAAGGGAGACGUUGGCAGCAGAAACGGGGUUGAGUGUACGAGUUGUUCAGGUCUGGUUCCAGAACCAAAGAGCCAAGAUGAAGAAGCUGGCUAGACGACAGCAACAACAGCAGCAACAGAUUCAGUCCCCUCCAGAGGACAACCACGACAACCAAUCACAUCUCUCUGUCCCUUCAUGCACCACAGCGCCCCUGUGUGGAGGAAUGAACACAGACAUGGACAGCCUGGGUUCAUACUCAUCUUUGCCCCAACAGCAGGCUGUGGUGCUGGAGCAGCAAGGCUUUAACAUGGACCCAUUCAGACAGGGCCUUACCCCACCGCGGAUGCCAGGGGAUCACAUGCACCCAUAUGGUUGUGAAGCCCUAUAUAAUGAAAUGGAUGGUGACCCACUCUGUCACCUUGGAGACUGUCUAUCAUCUGCUGAUCCCUCCGUCCUGACCCCCAUUGAUCGACUAUAUUCUAUGCAGGACUCCUACUUCACAUCUUGA